AUGUCCGCCCUAACCCUUAACAUUCGCCCUACGCCUGGAAAAUACAUUCAACCUCGGAAGGGACUCUUCUGCCUCGGUCAGCUCCCAGUUGACAUCCGCUGCCUCAUCUAUGAGUUCAUCCUCAUCGAACCCAAGAGAAGAGACAUUGAACACAAAUCUGACUGCUUCUGGCAUUCCGAUCGUCUUAGACUCCUAGAGCCCCCCGCUUUCCUGCUCAAAGACAUUGUAAUUUCUGAGGAGCCUCGCCGUCUUAUAUGGGAUCUAGAUGGUUAUUACUGGCCUAGGAGUACCGUGUGCCGCUGCGAUCAGCGUAAGGGACUCGGGCUACUGUUGACCAGCAGGCAGGUGCACGCCGAAGCAGCGCCCCUCUUCUGGUCCAAGAAUACUUUCAGUUUUCUGAGCGGCCAUGAGGCUAUCACGGCCUUGAACCAUCUUAUCCGGCCAAGAUAUCGAGACCUGAUCACUUGCAUCACUGUGUUGAGUGCUGACCAGCGCGGUACACCUUGGAAUGUCCGAUUCGCCAGUGAUCCGACACAGGGAUGUGGCCCGGUGCCAUGGAACUCAUUCUGGCAGACGAUAACAAGGUGCCGAAACCGGAAGGCGAUCGAGGUCCCCACUGUUGCUUUGGAAACCUGUCCCGAUGGGUUCCAUCAACUUGCGACAGAGAACCCUGCGCUGAAUACAAACCUCGUCGACCUCAUUCCG